AUGAAGUCCAGUGACGGCAGGAGUUAUCCCAACGUGGCCGCUGUGAAGAAGAACGCUGGAAAGAAGCUCAGCAAGAACGCUAAUCUCGCACUGAACUCCAAUGCGAGUAGCGGCGCCAAGGUGUCCAAGGCUACGGGUGCAGCACGGAGCAACGAAAACCCGAAGCCAUCACUCUCCACGUCCUCAUCCUCAAAGGCGAGUGCCAGCGGCAAGGCGUCGAAGGCUCCGAGCGUUGUGCACAGUGGAGACGCGUCGUUGAAGGCCGGUGCGCGAGAGGGCGGUGCCACGAAGACGCCUAUCAGUGGUGAACGGAUCGCCUCGCGGGAGCCUUCUGGCACUGCCGUUGAGAAAGACCGCGCGAACACUACCGACGGGAAGACGAACAGAGCAGACAAAGCUCCGAGCGAUUCAGGGCGGCCGAAGAACCGUAAUGAUGGCGGUACAAAAGCCGUCGCGGAAGACGACGAAACAAGUUUGUUUGGUAGCGCUGAAAGUGUUGUUUUUGUGACCGCACAAAGCGACCAGGCGGAUGGUAACAAACAAAAGCUACCCCGGCAGGAAGUCGUGACGAAGAAAAAGGACAAAGUUGUGACGAAAGAAACAGAUGUACCAUCACCUGCGGUGUCGUCGACUCGAGCGCCGCCAGCGGUAACCGAGGAAAAGGCUCCGGCAGCUCUGGACGUUGAAGCGAAAGCGAAGGCUGCCAAGGCGUCGGAUAAAAGGCCGUCCACCAGCUCCACCAAAAGCAACGCGAAAAACCGAGAGGUAAAAAGUGAUCGGAAGAAACGCAGCCCUUCAAGAGGGAAUAAAGCAGUGCAGACGAACCCGGACGAAGAGAAGGCACCGGCCGGCCCGCCCAUGCACGUCUUGUUUUCGCCGUCAUCGUGCAGUUUGUGCGAGAGAAACGCUCCUCCCCCUGGCAUCUACGGAGCGAUGCAGUCAUUCCAAGUCGGCAAAUAUGGCGCCGUGAUGGCCGCUCCGCCCGCGGUGACCACCGCUCAAGGACCCCCGCGUGGAGUCGUCAAGAAGACGGUGAGGACAACGACGACGACGCGACGUGUCCCCGACAGCACCAGGACAUCGCGUUCAUUCAAUCUUGUCGAGGAGGUCACUACUGAGGACGUGCGAAAUGCCGCGGACGAUACAUAUAAAACAAAGAGCACAACCUCAGCGUCGACGGCCGGCAAGGGCACUAACGGAGGAGCCAGUAAAAAAACUGUUUCCACAAUGCGUCGUCGGAAGGAUCGCGACAAGCGCAGAAAGAGCUCCGACACUUCCUCCGGCGUCGAAGGUACCAUCACGGAAGCUAUUGAAUUCCCGGUAAGCGAAGCGAAACGCGGCUCGGUGGAGAAGCAGACGGACGGCGCCAAACCAAUGGAGACUACAGUUCUCGAAUCGUCGGCUAAAAAGAACGCUGCAAGCGUAGCCCCGAAAACGAUUGUGAGGACCGUGCGCCGUGCGAAGAAUGCCGACUCGCUAUAUCCAGAUGACGUCAUCGAGACAGUCACCACGGAAGUUGUCGAAGUUGAAGCCGAAGCGUCGCCUGCGCAACCAGCCAAGCAGAUAGCGGCACCCACCAUUGUUGGAGUGGCACGCGGCUCAUCGGCCACUCACUACCGGUACUCGGAGUCCAGGCGCCCGGCGUCGACUCCGUACCGAGCACCUCACAGGAGUACCAGGGUGCGCGUCGGCAGUUCGAGUGACCCCAGCGAGGGCACCUACGACGUCUUCUACGAAGGAGAGCCAGAUCCGGUCCCUGCAAACGCCAGCGGAAUUCGGAAUGACGUCUCUCGGCGUCCGACCGAGUUCAUCUGGGAGACGCCGCCUCGGGAAGAGGUCGUCUACUGCGCCAACCUCAUGACAAGCCCUACUGCGCACGCUGCCAAUGGCCGCUGCGGUGCAACCUGCAACGAAGACGCCAACGUCUGGAACCAAGACGGCGUCGACGCGAGGACUGCGCCAGCAGGCAAUGAUCUCAGCAUGACCGCUGGAUCCCAGGUGACGACAAAGUCUCAAGAAGAGACUCUUUUCUUCUUUUGA